UCACAACACAACAUCUGAUCCCAAUGGUCACCACCAAGAAGACCACGCGCGCAGUAAAGGGCAAGGGAAAGGCGAAGGAGGUCCCAAAGGCUGUUGAGCCAACACCCUCGCCUUCGCCGGAGCCCGAGGACGACGAGGAGGUUGAGGACGAGGCCGGCCCGGACGACGAGGACUCUGAGGACGACGGCAUCGACGAGGAGGGCAUGCAGCGCCUCAUGGAGCUGGUCGGCCCGGAGGAUCUGGACGACUUCGAGAAGUCCCAACUGGGGAUGGAUGAGGACGAGGAGGAGGGUGAUGAGGAUGAGGAUGAGGAUGAGGACGAGGAGGGGGCCGAGGAGGGGGAAGAUGACGAGGAUGCCGAGGAGGAUGACGAGGUUCUUAUUGAAGAUGCGGGCGCGGAUGCUCUGGCAGUCGACGAGCUGGGUUCGGACGUGUCGUUGGACGAGGAUGCUGUGCCGGACCGUAAGGUCACGACACACAACAAGCCAGCCAUGCGCAUUCUGACUGAGGGGAUCCGUAUGACGAACACCGAGUGGCCCGAACACCUGAUCGUGCAGUCCAAGACGGUGCUGGACGUGGACCCUGACGAUGACCUCAAGCGCGAGAUGGCGUUCUACAAGCUGGCGCUUGACGCGGUGCCCGAGGCGCGCAAGCUGUGCGCGAAGUACGACAUCCCCUUCUCGCGGCCAAAUGACUACUACGCCGAGAUGGUCAAGAGCGACGAGCACAUGGAGCGCGUGCGGACCAAGCUCGUGGAGGAGGCGCAGGGCAUCAAGAAGAGCGAGGAGGCCAAGAAGCAGCGCGACCUCAAGAAGUACGGCAAGCAGAUCCAGGUCGAGAAGCUCAAGCAGCGCGAGGCAGACAAGCGCAACUUCAACGACAAGGUUGCCGGGCUCAAGCGCAAGCGCAAGGACGGCGCCGAGAUCGGCGGCGAGGAGGACGAGUUCGGCAUCGAGAUUGACAACGACGACGAGCCCCGCCGCCAAGGCAAGGGCGGCAAGGCGGGCGGCAAGUCCAAGAUGCCUCGCCAGGCCCGCGAUGCCAAGUACUCGCUCGGCGGCGGCGGCCGGCGCUCGAAGCAGAACACCCGUGAGAGUGCCAACGACAUCCCUGGAUGGGGCGGCGGCGAGAAGGGCAAGGGCGGCAAGGGAGGGCCCAAGGGCGGCAAGGCGCAGCGGCCUGGCAAGGCGCGCCGCCACUCGCGGAGGAAGUAGACGUAGACAUGCAUGCAU